GACUUCACAUUGUCAGUAGAACGAUGGAUAUUUCAUUCGACAAUAACAAUGGCUUUAUUACUGCAUUAGGCAGUGUCUAGCAAGGUACUAACUCCCACUUUUGAUCUUAAAUAAUCUCCCCCUACUCCAGAAACUUUGGUAAUACAUACGGGAACGUAAAGAGUAAACCCACAAAUUAUCACGUGAUCAUUGUGUUGCAACGACACUAAGACUGGAUGGAGGAAACACAAAAUUAUCAGCCUAGAAAUAUUUAAUCGAAAUGGAGAGAUAAAGAUGGGAAGAAAUGGCGCGGCCUCACGCCGCUAGAGAGAAGACCUUACGUGGAAGAGUCAGAACGGAUACGUGUACAGCACAUGCGCGACUUCCCAGACUAUAAGUAUCGACCACGUCGAAGGAAGCAGCAUAUCAAACGUGGAGCUAGAAAAGGGCCAAUCUCUUCACUUCAGAAAACUCGCUCUCCAGAAGCGUCAAGCUGUCAAAACCAUCGUCCUUUCUACCAUCUUUCCAGACCUAGUGAAAUAAACGGUGUCCAAACUCCCGAGUCUUCUCCUCACGGAAGUCCAAGGUCCGAGAUCUCGCGACAAAGAGUCUACUCUGAUUCAUCCACUAAAGGCAAUGGUGGCUUCGAUUUUAUUCGCUUUCUUCCAACGCCUGAAAUGUCUCCGGUCGAAAUGGAAGAUUUCGCUUUGCGUUACAAUUUGAAGGAGGAACUGGAGAAGAGAAACCCUUUUGUUCAGGUAACAACCAAGGAAGACCCACAACAGAGAAUAUCAGGAAGUCAGUGUGCGGUUAAAUUGAAUGAUUCUUCCACUACAUUUCCGGAAGGUAAGAGACUUUCUAGAAAGCGAAUAUACGAAGAAAGAGAAGCUGGGAUUAUAGGUCCUAGUCCUAACCUGUCGGCCUUAACAAUGAGAAACUCUUAUAACUGGAAUAAAAAUUCUCAGCAAGGUCUUUAUUCGUCUCAUCUAAGAGACGUGUCUUCGCCAAUAGACAAGACGUCAAUAUAUCGCCCAUCCUGUGCCCUGGGGCGUGAAACCGGUUUCCUCUCCACGUUCAAUCAAGGCUCGUAUUCCUCAUUUGAGACUUCUUUAAUGGAAGAGAGACACGAUUCCACACCAGUGAUCCAACAUGCGCGGUUUCCCUUAUUAUCCAACAAUGAUUACCCCUCCCGACAAGACGGCAACCACUCGAGUGUGAUGGGUAUAGAGCAGGUGUUAAAUAAUACUUUAACGCCUUGUUAUCCAGAAGGUCGCUCUGAAGAGCCGACAUUAUAUCCAUUGGACUUUUCCGGAGUCUAUGGACCUAAUCCAGAUUUCAACUUCCAAAGCUCUUGUGAAAACCUCCCGAUCUUCACCUCUCAACCAGUUUCUUCUGUCGACACUAACUACGGACAAGAUGUCCAGAUAUCUUCCAACCGAAUUCCUUCUUCAACGUAUUCAAGCCUUCCUUAUCAGGACUUUAUGGACGAUCCCUGUGGGGUCAUUGCAGCCUUGAAGGAAACCAGACAGAUAUUUACCUGAAUCCACCAGACAUCAUGUUUGUGUUUUUAAGCCCAGUCGUUUAAAACAUUAGGGUAUUUACUGGGUGAAUACCUAACUCUUCCACACACCAGGGAAAGUAUCCCACCAUUAUAAGGUGUUAAUAAUAAAAAGACGUUUCAUCUUUUCCAUCAGCAGACGUGAACUCGAGAGCAGAAACUUGAAUUUGAAAUUCUCUGUUAAGAGUUUUUAUUUGCGUUUUAUGUCAAUAACUUGUUACGAGAAAAAAGUGUGGUAAGAAUCUUUUAUAGACUUUGUCCUAAAACUGAGCAACCUAAGGUAAAAACCCAAAUCUAGCAACGCUUAUCAAAAAACAAUGUUACACCUAAAUUGUUGGUUACGUAAGGAAAAGUGUUUCAGCACCAAAUACCAAACGUGCCUUUUUUUACGUACUCGUGAAUACGGUUACCUAGUCAAGGUUAGGACAAAUAUUGAUGUUAAAUAAACAUUGUAAAUUACUAUAACGUUAACAUAGAUUGCUCAAUGGAAUUCCAUGUUUUAUUGCCACGUGCCUUAAAGAUACAAAAUUAAAUGUUUGUUUCAAAAUAACAUGAAGAUAUGUUGCUCAUAUUUACGGAUGCAACAUGAACAUGAAAUGUUUUUUUUUACAAUAUUUUGCUUGAUUUUGAUGUUACUUAUGGAUAUUAGCGUUAAACGUGUUUCAAAAUAACAAUAUUUUGUUUAGU